AUGGAUUUGUCCCCCACUCACCAAGUAGAAUGCUUCACGAAGUUUUCGGAUACUUUGAAAGAAUUCAAAAUUGAACAAAACAAUGAACAAAAUACCUUUGACCCAUUCAACAUGAUAAGGGAGUUUCGUUCAACUGCUGGGCAAUUUGCACUAAAUUUGGCUGAUUCGACGGACCGAAAAAAAUUGAUAUCUUCCAAGGAUUGGGAAUUAGAAGCCAGAUUCUGGCAUUUAGUAGAAUUGUUACUAGUUUUCAGAAAUGCUGAUAUCGAUCUCGACGAGAUGUGCGUUCAACCCUAUAAUUCAAGGGCAUUAUUUGAGAAAAAGUUUAUGCAAGAGAAUAUACAACUUUAUCAAAUAUGGAUAGUGAUGGUUUGGCUCAAAGAAAAUACACAUGUGAAGGAAAGACCUCAAAAUAUACCAACUUCUAAAUGGUCAAAUAGCAUUAUUUCUGGAGGAUUGAAAAGCUGUGAUCUAGAUUAUCCUUUGCGUGAAAAUAAUAAUGUACUUGAUGUCAAAGACAAAGAGGAAGAUCAUCUUUUUUUCAAGUAUAUCUACGAACUUAUUUUGGCAGGUGCAGUUGAUGAGGCAUUAGAGGAGGCUAAAUUAGCUGACAACAUUACAAUUUGUAUGAUUCUAUGUGGUGUGCAAGAGUAUUUGAAUCCUAAUAUUGAUGUUCAGAUUGCAAGCGAAUUUGAUACGCAACAAGGCAUCAAGAAACACUCUUUGUGGAGAAGAACUGUCUAUAGUCUUUCGCAACAACCAAGCUUGGAUCCAUAUGAAAGGGCGAUAUAUAGCUACUUAAGCAGCGACAUUCCAAACGAAGAAGUUAUGCAAUACUCCGAUUGGGAAUCUGAUCUUCACUUAUAUUUAAAUCAAAUUUUAGGGAUUGAAAUUGAAAAUUACCUUUUGGAAAACAACAAAGUUGAUACUGAUGAGCUUAUUAUACCAUUACCUUCUCAUUCACUGACUGUUCAUGAAGUGCUUAAUAAGGUCGCCUCAAGGCAUCCCUCAGAAAGCGAACACCCAAUUAGAGCUUUAAUGGCAUCCGUCAUAUUGGAUUCCCUGCCCUCAAUUAUUCAUUCAUCGGUGGAAAUGCUACUCGAUGUUGUAAAGGGAACAGAAACUAGCAAUGACAUUAUAGAUAAGCCUUAUCUCCUGAGGAUAGUUACACAUUUAGCCAUUUUUCUAAACAUAAUUAAUCCCGGUUCCAUCGAAGAGGUUGACAAGUCAAAACUUAUUACCACAUAUAUCAGUCUCCUGAAAUUGCAUGGCCUUUAUGAAAAUAUUCCAAUAUACGCCGCUUUCCUCAGUGAAUCUGACUGUUUGGAAGCGUACUCCUUCAUAUUGUCUUCUUUGGAGGAUCCGCAGAUAAGGCAAAAGCAAAUCGAAAUAAUGAACUUUUUAAGACUGCCUGCAUCAAAUAUAUUGAGAAGAACUACGCAACGUGUUUUUGGAGAGACCGAGGGGGAAUAUUCACCCUUCAACGAAAUUUCCAUAUCAUUCGAUAUAAAUGACAUCGAUAUGCACUUGAUACAUGCUGUUGAAUGGCUUAUUGAGGGAAAACUGUAUGUGGACGCCGUUGACUCAAUAAUCGCCCUAUCAAGAAGGUUUUUGUUGAAUGGUCGUGUAAAGGCCCUCAAAAUAUUCAUUAAGAGAAAUGAUAUCGAAGAAAUAUGCAAGAAUUAUGAAUUAGAGAAAAUAGCGGACGAUAUCUCUGAAAAUGAAAAAGAAGAUCAAUUGCUAAAAGAAAUUAUACAAUACGAGCGCUUGGUUCGAGGCAUAGAAGAAUAUGAAGAAUGGCAAAAAUCUAUUAAUCUAUUGAACUCAGAAUCAAACAUUCCAACUUUGAUAGAGAAGCUCCAAGGGUUUUCAAAUGAUACAUUUGAAUUGAUUAAGACAUUUCUAGUGGAUUUAACUUCUUUGGACUUGAUCAAUUCAACAGAUUAUGAAAUUUUAUACGAAAUCAGAGCCCUCUAUACACCAUUUCUGAUAAUGGAAUUGCAUAAAAAGCUUGUGGAGGCCGCAAAGUUGCUGAAGAUCCCAAAGUUCAUUUCCGAGGCUCUGACGUUUACCUCGUUGGUUGCUAAUGAAAACGACAAGAUAUAUCUAUUAUUCCAAUCCAGCGGAAAAUUAAAAGAGUACUUGGACCUUGUCGCUCGUACGGUCACCCUUUUGAAAUGA